AUGGGGAAAUUAGAGGAAGUAAGUGAGGCAGUGUCACAUGCUUCAAAAAUUAUGAAAUACAUAUAUAAUCAUUAUUUUGCAUUGUAUUUGAUGAGACAAAAUACAGGUGGAAAAGAAAUACUCCGUCUUGAUCCAACCCGCUUUGCUACUAAUUUCAUUAUAUUCCAAAGUAUUAUGUCUCUUAAAGAUGCACUAAGAGCCAUGGUAACAUCCAAAGAGUGGACAACCACAACUUAUUCCAAAGAUGUCAAGGCAAAGAAAUUUGUGGAAAAAGUCUUAGACUCAAGCUUUUGGUCUACAUGUGCUGACAUAGUAAAAAUUACAGAACCUCUUGUACGUGUGUUGCGUAAUGUUGAUAGUGAAGAUAAACCGACUAAGGGAUAUCUCUAUCGAGCUAUGUAUAAAGCAAGAGAGGAGAUUGAGAAGAGGUUUAGAAGAAAUAAGCUGAAAGUAGAACCUUAUUUGAAGAUCUUGGAUAAUCGUUGGGAUGCACAACUUCGGAAAAAUCUUCAUGCUGCUGGUUAUUGGUUAAAUCCAUCUUGUAGAUUUGGUCUGGAAUAUGAAAAAAACAAGUACACCACCCAAGGCCUUUUGGAUGUCAUUGAAAAGUAUGCUUAUGAUAGUAAGAACUUGCGAUCUAAAUUAACUGUUGAGAUGAGUUCAUUCAAAAAUUGUGAAGGUAGUUUUGGAAGGAUAACAGUCGUAGAAAACCGAGAUGAAGGUUUGCCAGAUCAAUGGUGGGACACUUAUGGAACUGAAGCGCCCAAUUUGCAAAAGCUGGCUAUUCAGAUUUUGAGUCAAACUUGUAGUGCAUCUGGUUGUGAACGAAAUUGGAGUGUGUUUGAACACAUUCAUUCAAAAAAGAGAAAUAGGUUGGAGCAUCAAAAGCUUAACGAUCCCAUUUAUGUUCGUUACAAUUUACGGCUACAAAAUAGAAACAAGAAGAAACAAAAUUAUGAUCAUAUUAAUUUUGAAACACUUGGUUAUCAUUCUAAUUGGGUGUUGGAGGAUUCACCACCAUUCUUUACCAUUGAGGAGGUGAAAGCACUACACAAAGAUCUUGCUAGUAUGACAUUCCAACCUAUUUCAGAUGAUAUUGAUGAAUUAAAUUUGGAUGAGGUUGAUGUUGAGGGUGAUGCACAACUUAACUUCGGAGAAAACAACCAAAGUAAUGAUAUCAUUGAUGGGGAAGAUGUUGCAAAUGCGAAUGAUUUUGCCGGAGAUGGUUUUGAUAUUGAAGGAGAUCUCAACAUUGAAAUAAUUUUACCUCCUUGGAACUAA